AUGCCCAACGGGAGCCUGGACGAAUCGUUGCAUCUGAAAUCGAAGAGGAAGAAGCAGUUGAAUUUGCUUGAGAGAUUGAAUGUGGCAAUUGAUGUGGCGAGGGCGUUGGAGUAUCUUCAUCACGGCCUAAACACUCCAAUAGUUCAUUGUGAUUUGAAGCCGAGCAACUUUCUUCUCAAUCAUGAAAUGACAGGGGUGGUUGGGGAUUUCGGGCUUGCCAAACUUUUCCCCGAAGCCAAAGCCAUAGUUAUCAGUCGUAGCCUGUCCUGA